AUGAAACUUUUAUUCUUUUUAAUUUCAAUAGUUAACUGUUCAAGAUUAGCUCCAUUAUUAAUUGCAUCUCAUAGAUUAGUUGAUGUAAAGUCAUCAUCUCCAACUGAUAUAAUUAGAGAAAUCGUAACUCAAUGUUCAUCAGAUGCUUAUAUAAUUAUAAAUCAACCAGGUUUAGUAUAUACUGACUUAACAACUGAGAAAAAGGAUGAUUGGCCAAUGUUAAGAAAGUAUUUAUAUAUGUCAUCUACUAUAAUCGGAUUACCUAGAGUGCCUGUUCUAGAUUUAGAUUAUAUUGAAAAAUAUAUUAUUUCAACUUGUGAUGCAGAAACUAUAUCUGGUGAUAUUGAAUAUUAUGAUAUUAGAAAAAGAGUUAUUAGAUUAGAUACUGAAAAUACUGACGAAAUGAUAAGGAAAGUAUUAAGAAAGUUACCAUCACCUCAUUAUACAAUUAUAUUAACUUCUACUGAACCUGGAUACUAUCAUCCAUUACCCGAAUAUAAUGAAGUACAUGAUAUCUUCCAUGAUAUUUUAAGUACCCAUAAAAAUAUUGAAAAGAAUGAUAGGUUUCAUAAUAUUGAACCAAAUUGGAACCCUGUGAGAGAUUCAAAUCAAAGAUAUCUUAGAAAUAAAAAAUCUAAUGAAAUUCAUUUAUAUGAUUCAUUAAUUAAAUAUGACAAAUUAGUAA